AUGCAUUCCCGAAACGCGAACGCAUCCACCGAGAAGGAAAUGGUCGCGAUGGCCGAAGAAGAACUAGCACGAUUGCAGAGACAAUUUAGAAUAAUGGAGGACGACAGGGCAAGGUUUUCCGACGAGACCGGGAAGAAAUUGGAGAAACAGCGGAAAAUCAUCAAACGUCUGAAAGAGGAGAAGCAAAAACUGUGCGAGGAUAUCAGCGUAGCGACGUGCGAAAAUCAGAAACGGCGUGACGAAAAAUCGACGAAGCAGAUUUACAAAUUGCUAAUCGAAUACGAGGACUUGUGUGCGGAAGUCGAUGCAGAAAAGGAAGGCAUCGCGGAAAUGGACGUGCAAAUUAAAAAGCUCGAAGCCGACAUCAAGAAGCUGCGCCCUAAAAGCGCUGUCACUGAGAACCACUUCCAGACUCGUCUGAGCAGCGGCAAAAAGGCGGUGCAAAUGUUGCAAGACCGAUUGGACAAUAUGGUGAAGAAAUUUUGCGCGAUUUUGUCGGAAAACAAGGAAUUGAGGGAAGAAAUCGACCAUCUACUCAAACAAAGGAACCAUUUUAACGAAACGUGGGAGCAGUUGUUGAAAGAAAUAAACUCCGCAAAGAAGUACGUGGUCGAUUUGAUCGAGCAGGCGAUCAUAGCAUUUGAUCAGCGUGAAGAGUGGUGCUCGAAACUUGAAGCCCUUAAAACACGGGCCGAGAUGAACCACGUUGCCCAUUCCGAGGAAAUGAGAGAGAUUCAAAGAAGACUCGACCACUAUUUGACUCUGAGAGAGUUCCUCUGCGUCAAAGGCCAGAAGCGCGUGAUGAAAGACCUGGAGGAGAAAGAGCGUAAGAAGAAAGAGUCGGAGAUCCAAACGUUGGAGGAUCAACUAGAGAUGUACGAAACCACGCUGAAAGAAAUCCAACAGUUCUGCAACGAAGAGGAGGUGGAAAGGAUCGCCGCUUUAUUCACGAAACAGGAAGAAGAAAAUUUUGCACUCUUCAAUUACGUCAACGAGCUGACCCACGAACUGGAGACGCUAAAUAUUACUCUGGAUGAUGUUCGGCAAAGAAUUGACGACCAAGUUGAAUUGAGUAGAGUGAGAGCUGAGCAAAGACAGUGCACUGUGGUCUCGCUGCAGAACGAACUCGAAACUGCCAAAAAACUGGCGGAUGCAGAAGAAAAUGAGGUACGAAUGGCCGAAAACAGUUUGUCAAAAGUCCUCGAAGGAAUUCAAGAAAUAUUUAACGUGGCAGAGUGCGACAGCGGUCCAAUUUUGAAGCUGCUCGGUGACGAGGCGACAAUCAAUUUGCACAACGUGCACAUUUACCUCGGCAAGAUUGAGAAAAAGCUGUCGGCGGUUGUAACCGAGUUGUAUUUUGCCGAAAAAUCGAUGAUGUCGCAGGCUCAUAUCAGAAAAUUCAAGGACCCCCAAGUAAUGCUGUUAAGCUAAGUAACUUUGAUAUUCUGAAAAGUGUAAUUUUCAUUCCUCCUGAAUUUCAAUGGUAUAGUGACACCACCCAUCUGUUGAACUCAUUAAAAAUGCAAA